AUGUAUAUUAUUUUAUUUUCAAAGCAAUAUUCUGAUUUAAAAUCGGCUUACUAUCAAUUACAAUUUUAUAUUCUCAUUGUGGAUUUUUUAUCAUAUUUAAAUUCAAAUGCCUCAAAUAGAUUACCGAAUUAUGGUGUAUUUAAUAAUUUUUUUGAAACAUUACGUAUUCAAGAAUUUGAUAUAAGAAUUAUAAAUUUUAUUUGUUAUACAACAAUCUUUUCACAAUAUAUAGGUGUUGUAUUUUUAUCAUUAAAUAGAUUUACAGCUAUCUAUUUACAUAUUUAUUAUGAUAAGUUCUGGAAAUACUUAUUACCAGUUGCCGUUUUAAUAAUAUAUUUAUUUCCAUUAAUUUUUACCUGGCCAUAUCUUUGUAAUUUAACAGUUUAUAGAAUCCUUUGGGAUGAUGAUGGAGAAGGUGGUUAUAAUAUUACAACAAAACAAAAUAAAUGUAUAUUUUUUGAUAAAGCAUUAGUUGUAUCUACAUUUUCAUUUGGUUGUUCAUCCAUCUCUGCUGUACUUAAUUUUGCCUCAUUAGCUCAUCUUGUCAAAGAGAAGGGAUUUCUUGCACUUUUUAGAAAUAAUAAAAAAUGUCCUAAAAAAACUAUUAGUGAAUAUGAGAUGAAUAAAACUAGAAGUGAAAGGAAUAUGUUAUUAUGUUCAAUAUUAUCAUUUUUCUUUGGACUAUUAUUUGGAAUUUGUUCUCAAUUAUCUGCCUACUUUGCUGAACGUAAAAUGUGGAGAGGUUUCAGAAUUAAUUGUAUGGCUAUUUCUGUUUUUUAUGAUUUAACAUCACUCUCAAAAUGUUGGAUGUUGUUUAUAACAAGUUCAACAAUCAGAAAAGAGAUUAAAAGGAUAUUCUUUGGUAACAGUAAUCUUACUCGGGUAAAAUUAAUUAACCUUCGUUCAUCAAAUAUUAUUCCUGUUGGAAAAAAAACAAAAACUGAAAAAAGUAAAAGUUCAAUUUAA